AUGACAGCGUAUAUCAACAUCAGCCUACAGGGGACCGUCUACUUUAUUACGCGUGGUUCUACUGAAGACGACGGCAUGGUACGAUUAUAUUCAAGCAAGCUCGUAAUGCUCAUGAACUUAUAUUCCACCUUUGAUGUUCUAUAUUCGCAACUCUCUGGGGAGUGGCAUCAUCAGGACGACGUCGUGAAUCCCUUUCUCGACCGCCGCCGCGUUCAUGCGAUAUUUUGCGAUUCGACACGUUCUAUUCCUCUCAGCCUUCGUCGUCAGCGUUCCAUAACCAUUUCAGAUUUUGAGCAUUACGAACCUCCGGCCACCCCCGGACAUACCUUGCAGUCAAUCUUCCCACCACCCUACUGGAAAAUGAGACGCAAAGACUUAGACUUGCAGUGUCUAGAGCGGCAUAAAGCUUUCGUUGGCAGAGUGCUCGCCGACCUUGCGUUCCAGUGGAGGCACAUCCUCUGCGGUCGGUACAACAACUCAACAUUUCGAAGGCUUGCAUGUGCAAUCAUCAGGAUUGUUACUCUGGACUUUGAAGUCGAAGAAGUAACGCUGUCACGUCGGGGCAUUGGCGGUUUCCUGGUCUGGAUGAAUAAUCUUCCAGAGUGGGGACCAUUCAGUGGGAGUAUUGUCAGAAUUGGCGGGGCAUCUAUUGUUAUCUGCCAGCAUAUUCCACACGCUAUCACGCUCAUUCAAAAGGACUUCGGAAAAAGGGUUUUAACGACCCUAGACCACAACUUAUGCGAAACAUUCCCCAAAACUUUCACUUACCUCAUACUCUCAGUGCAGGAGACGAUUCUAUAUAGGAUCAAUAAAGAGUCUAGAAGAUACACCAAAUGCGAGCGUCUUCUUGAUGAUACGCAUCCUCCAUCCUAUGAAGCUAUCGAGCUCCUUCUCGAAGCUAUCCAGGCCAGUGCUUUUAUGACUCCUAUUCACAGACUCCCUGUUGAGCUGCAGGAUAUGAUCCUUGACAGGGUAUCAGCGGGACCAAUUGAGAGCGCUAGAGUUGGCUGCGUGCUCAACGCUGGAUCAGAAUUCACCUGGAAGUGCGGUGAUCGGAACAUAGAAAGAGAAGAAGGCCGUAGAAAUAGGACGGAAUGGUCUCCUGUGGAGUCGCACAUCUUGUUUGGCAAUUGUUCUAGCGUGAUAGCAUAUAAGUAGAAUUAUUCGGAACACUCAUUUUUCGAUUAUCUAAGGU